UUCCGGUAAAUAGUGUACUCCCGACUCCGUCCACGUUCUUACAUUCCUGCAUCCUAUAUGGUUGUCUAUACCCGUCGUUCAGCACGUGAACACACAUUAUGAGCAAAGUAUCCAAGGAGACGCUCUACGAGUGCGUCAAUGCUGUCCUCGCCGCAUCUAAGGAGAAGAACCGCAAGUUCUGUGAGACUGUUGAUCUCCAGAUUGGUCUGAAGAACUACGAUCCCCAGAAGGACAAGCGUUUCUCCGGCACCGUCAAGCUGCGUCAUGUCCCCAGGAAUAAGUUCAAGGUCUGCAUUCUUGGAGAUCAGCAGCAUUGCGAUGAAGCAAAGUCUAAAGGUCUGGAGUGCAUGACUGGUGAUGAUUUGAAGAAACUGAACAAGGACAAGAAGAAGGUUAAGAAGCUUGCUAAGAGCUACGAUGCUUUCCUUGCCUCUGACACUCUGAUCAAGCAGAUCCCUAGGCUUCUGGGCCCUGGACUGAACAAAGCUGGAAAGUUCCCUUCUCUGAUUACUCACAGCGACGACUUGGUCGCCAAGGUUACCGACCUGAAGUCUACCAUCAAGUUCCAGAUGAAGAAGGUUCUCUGCCUCUCAGUCGCCGUCGGCAACGUCGGCAUGUCUGACGAAGAGCUGGUCCAGAAUGUUCAUCUUGCCAUGAAUUUCCUGGUUUCUCUGUUGAAGAAGCACUGGCAGAACGUGAGAUCCCUGCACAUUAAGUCCACCAUGGGACCCGUUCAGCGCCUGUACUAACUGACCAGAAUGGUUGGCUACAUCUGCAUUUAAUGGCGAUUUAUUCAGAAUCAAUAAAUCUUUGCUCUUAUA